UCUCUAGAAGUGUUGCUUUGAGAACAAAGCAGCGGAGUGCGCAUCGUGAAGGUAUAUCAGACGGAUGCUGAUUCAUGUUCUAUAUUUUAUGCGUUUUUGGCGCUGCGGAGGCCACGUGACCAGGGCGGAAAGUGACUCAUAGUCCACGCUGAAUCUGCCGCGAACGCAGCCAUUUACUCUUUCCUCUCUUCGCAGUGACACCGAAUAUUUGGAACCAUGGCUGACUCUAUGGGACAGUGUGUACCUGUGGCGGUGUUCAAGCUGGUGUUGGUCGGAGAUGGAGGCACGGGAAAAACAACUUUUGUGAAGAGACACAUUACAGGAGAGUUUGAGAAGAAGUAUGUUGCUACUCUAGGAGUAGAAGUGCAUCCCCUGAUGUUCCACACCAACAGAGGACCCAUCAAGUAUAACGUUUGGGACACAGCUGGUCAGGAGAAGUUUGGAGGGCUGAGAGAUGGCUACUACAUUCAAGCUCAGUGUGCUAUCAUCAUGUUUGAUGUCACCUCUCGAGUCACCUACAAGAACGUGCCCAACUGGCACCGUGACUUGGUCCGCGUCUGUGAGAACAUUCCCAUUGUCCUCUGUGGCAACAAGGUAGACAUCAAAGACAGAAAAGUCAAAGCCAAAAGCAUCGUGUUUCAUCGCAAGAAGAACCUGCAGUACUACGAUAUUUCUGCCAAAAGUAACUACAACUUUGAGAAGCCUUUCCUGUGGUUAGCAAGGAAGCUGAUCGGCGACCCCAACCUGGAGUUUGUGGCCAUGCCUGCCCUCGCUCCCCCAGAGGUCCAGAUGGAUCCUUCCCUUGCCGCUAAAUAUGAGGAAGAGCUUCAAGUUGCAUCACAGACAGCACUCCCAGAUGAAGAAGAUGACCUCUAACCUGUUUUCUGUUACCCCCCCCCCCCCCCCCCCCCCCCCCGCGCUGUGGACAGGAAGUUGUUGGAGUUUUGUCCCUUUACUGUCAAAUCCCUUUGCAGAUUUUUUUUAUUUUUGAAAUUUUUGUUUUAAAAUUUAGAAAAACUUUGUGCAGAAGUUUGUGGCUCUAAUUUCACUGUAUGGCACACCCACCCAUGUUGUUGACGGCAUGAAAACAUGCUACUCUUUGUCAAGCACCCUCCACUGCACAUAUCCAACUCACAAAAUGCUGUUUGGUGUACUGGAAGCACUAAGGGGAAGAAACUUUGAAUAAAAACAUUCUCAGUAGAAAA